CAAACAUAUCAGAAAAUGGAAGACAAAAAUUCUCAGAAGAAGUAACUAUAAACUAAAAAUCAAAAGAUACAUGUUAUAGGCCAUGGCAUCCAGUAAACCUAUACCAUGUGGACCUUGUCAAGAAGUAAAAGUCAACACUAAAGCUGACAUCUGGUGUUACAACUGUGAUGAAGGAUUAUGUUCAACAUGUUCUGGUCAUCAUAAAAGAAUAAAAUCAUCUCGUGAUCAUAAAACUAUUGAUAUCAAAAGUUAUAAACCCUCCAUCCAAGCUAUCAAAACAGAAUGUGACAAACAUGGUCAACAGCUUAACUUGUACUGUCCCAGUCAUUUAAUACCUUGCUGUGAUGAAUGUAUUUCCACAAGUCAUUUGAAAUGUACUGGAAUAAAAAGUUUAGCUAGUGUGGUGGAGAAAACAAAAAUUGAAGAAACCAAAGACUCUGUGGAGAAAGAUAUCAACUCCAUCUUACAUCUCUUGGAUAAAAUGGUAAAUAACAAAUCAACAAACAUCAAAACUGGAGAACAACAAUGUGAAGGCAUUAAAGAAUCAAUUGUUAAAAUAAGGCAGAAAAUAAAUAAAUAUUUGGACUGUCUAGAGAAAAAGUUAUGCAAAGAAAUAGACAACAUCAAGUCUCAAGAGAUAUCAACAGCUAGAGAUUUCAUUUCUGAAGUUGAAAGGAAGAAAAAAAAAGUGAAGGAAAUGAAAGAAUAUUUGCAUGCAGUCACAACAAAAACCUCUAAAUUACAAUCAUUUCUAGGUUUACAUCAGAUUGAACAACAAGUACAUCAAUGUCAAAGAUAUGUUGAAGAUCUGGAAAAAGAUGACAGGGCCAAAGAAUUUGAAAUGAAAAUGAAGCAAAAUGAUGAAAUAGAAAAGAUACUUAAGAAGUUAGAAUCACUAGAAUACCUGGGAGAUGUAAUGGUUGUUAGGACAGAAACAGGCUUUAGCAGAGAAACCAGUGUGAGGAGGAAAGCACAAGUAGAAUCACGAGAACAAUCCAACAUAAACAACAUGACAAUGAAUAUAGAGACAAAGAUAGAGAUCAACAUAAAGAAGGAGAUAAGUGACAUGAUUUGUCUGAUGGAUGGUAGAGUUAUAGAAGUGGAACUGUGGGGUAAAGUUAACCUGUUUACUUCUGAUGGCGAACUACAGAAACAAUUACCCAUACCUCAUGGAGCCUACAGUGUUACCCAGAUUAAUCAGAACACUAUAGCUAUAACUUAUACUGAUAAGAAAGCCAUUAAGAUCUUCAAUAUGGAGAAUGAAAAAGUUACCAAAGUUAUCAAAUUAGGCAAAGAUUGCUAUGGUUUAUCAUUCUACAAUAAUUCUCUAGCUGUAGGUCUGGGUAGAGAUGAAAUCUGUAUUGUAGACUUGAAAGGAAAUACACUGAAGUCAAUACAAGUUGAGAGUAAAUCAGUCCUGCUUAACCUUGCUUACUGUAAUGACAGAGUAAUAUAUAGUGAGUGGAAAGGUAAAGCAGUAUACUGUUAUGAUGAAUCAGGUAAACAAAUCUGGCAAUAUACACAGGAUUUAUCAGGACCAAGAGGACUUUGUAUAGAUACUUAUGGUAACAUUAUUGUAGCAGACCAUGAAUCUGAUAGAAUAAUAGUAAUAUCAAAAGAUGGACAGAACAGUAAAGUACUGAUUGGUGAAGAGGAUGGACUGGAGGAUCCAAAGUAUAUUUGUUUUAAACAUAAUGAGUCUGCAGGUUUAAUUUGUGAUAACAGAGGCACAUACAUGGCAAAAUUCAAUUUGUCUUAUAAAUAGUAUAUGAACAACAUAUAUUUCAUGUAGUGCACAGUUAGUCUAAGUUCAUUAAACCAUGGUUUAGGCAGAAUAAUAUUUAUCUAAUAAUGAAUUCUACUAGAGACAACUCAAAUAAAUCACAUAUCCAAGAAAAUCAGGUCAUUCCAUACACCAAAUAUAAUUAACCAAUUGCUUACAGUAUAACCUCUGUGAUCCCUUCCACUGUAUAUCUUACUGUCAACAUACAUAGAAAUGAGAGGACAUGUUUCUAUAAAUCCUACCUGUCAAAAGCUCCCACCAGCCAGUUUAAUAACAUCUGUACACAUUGAUGAGAGUCGACCUGUUGUGAUAACGGCAAUCGUUUGUUUAGGUGGACAUAUAUACUGUUUAACACAGCCUCGACUCUGGAGGAAUUCAGUUCUGAUUCUGGUUCUAAAGUGUUAAGUCCAUUCUCUCUGAAAGCUUCUAUAAUGUUCCAUAUAUCUACUACUGAUACUGAAAUGACACAAAGUUAAUUGUUUUAGUUUACUGAUUCAAUUUUUUAAUCAUCAAAUAUAUAUUACAAUCACAUUAUACCAACAAUUUUGCUAACAAUAAAAUAAAAGUCCUGAUUCCUGUAUGGCUGUAUAAUACAUUUUUUUAUUUGGUCAGACAGAUUUUGUUUAAAUAUUGAAAGUUCUCUUUAUAAGAUUGUGAUUUUGAGUAUUUAAUAUUACAAUGUAUAUUUAUGUCAUUGAUUCAUGAAAUAUUACUAAUGGUUUUGGAUUACAAUACAUUCCAACAUUUUUUUAUUUUAUUUCAUUGAAUUUCAACAAAGCUUUUUCAGAAACUAUUUUCUUUUUUAUACUUUACUAUGUUUCUAAUUUUCCAAAUGAUUCAUGUAUAGGUAUGCAACACAACAUUCAAUUAUUAAAUAUUUUUUUAGGUUUUUUUUGUCACAUAUAUCUAUAUAACAAAUUUUCUAUUUAGAUCUAACCAAUUAAUAUUUCCCCACUACAACUAUGAUAUUAAACAUGCUUCAUAAUUACAUCAAACUUUUCCUUAUUGUUUUACAUCAUGAAAUGAAUGCUACUGAUUUUCUAUUCUAUUUUUGUAAAAAGGUCAUGUUCUAUUUGAUUUUUCCCUUUUUUCUGAUUAAUAUAACUUUAAAAAAUGCACAAUUUCCAUUUUCAUAUUAUUUUUUUGUUUAAAUUCACAUAAUCAUGAUAAUGAAUCAUUCAAAUGAAAUGAGGUGAAGGUCUUAUGACAAUGGCUGAACAAUCUUAUUAAAAUUAGUUCUCAUCACUUGCUCCUGAAAGAUUUUAUAUGUCGCCUUGUGAGCAGUGACAUAUAAAAAAUCAAGGAGCAAGUGAUGAGAACUUAUUUUAAUAAGAUUGAUGGCUGACUGACAAGUCUUAUCAUGAACAUCAUACAAACGAUGUGGAGAAAUAUAAUAGUUUACAAGCAAUACAAAGAGAACCAAUAUUUUCAAACUUCCAUCUAGGUUAACCAAAGUUUGCAAAGAUGAUGUUCAGAUAGAUAUUAUCAAUCUAUCAGAAGUGAGAUCUGUAUUUUUUAAAUGAUUUUUUAGAUUAUCUGUAUUUUUUUAAUUAUGCAUGUAAAUUUUGUAUUUUAUAUUUUAUAGAAUUGAACUUGGUCUGUUUUUCAGGUGUUUUUUUGUGUAUUGUAUUGAUUUGUGCAUGUAAUCUGUAUACUUUAUUGAUCAGAAAAAAGCUUAAGAAAAAUAUGUAAACACAAAAGGAGUAGGUCUGGUAAGGACCGAUUUUGGCCUCAAAUUUCAGGUUCAUCGGACACAAGAUUUUGACCACUUUUUUAACACUGAAGUGUCUAUUUCAUUUGAAUCAAUUAGUUUUUUGUGAAAGAUUUUAACUGAUAAGUCAUUAAAAACGACUGAUUCAAGCUAAAAUAUAAAAAAUCUACCAAAUAUGAUAAAAAAUGUCACUUUUCAGAUUGUUUUUGUCAAAAAUGAAAGUGGUCACAUCUGUGUUCAUCCUCAACCUUUAUAUAUGUUAUGUAUUAUCAUAAAAUACAACUUACAUUUCAAUAUGAAGGAUGAACACGGACCACUUUCGUUUUACACGAAACCGUCUAAAAUUUAACUAAAAUGCUAGAAUUGUGAAGAUUUCAGUAUUUUAGCAUGACUUAAUGGUGCUAGUACCUGAUAUAUAUAUAUGUGCAUUGUAUUGACAAAAACCGCCCAUAUUUAUGUAGCAGAAACAUUCUUCUGUCCAAUAAAUAACUAAAAGUUUACAUUUUAACAAUUUUGUAAAACUGCUAUAUUUUGGGGCCAAAAAGGGGUCUUACUGGACCUACUCCUAUAUAUAAAUUCUCCAAUAUGGACAAUAAUUCUAAAAUGAUCCUUUUUGGAAAAGGCUCAUAACAGCUUAACUAUAUGAACUUUUACACAAAUUUUCCUUUUCCAAUAGCAGUCUUAAUUUCCUGUCCUUCAAGUUAUCUACCUUCUAGAACUUACCUACUAUAUCAAAUGUUAAUUUGUUCUCAUAUUUAACCAUGAAAUAUUUACAUAAGUGAAGUAAGCAGCAAUUAAGGAAUCAAUCAAUCAAUCCAGUACAAAAACAACUAAUUUUGCUUGCAUUUUGUAGUUAUUGUGUUUAGUAUUCUGUAUUCUGCAUUCAUUUUGUGUUUUGUUUUGAACUACACAUUAAUUUUGUGUUUUGAAUUGAACUGUGUAUUCAUUUUGUGUUUUGUAUUGAACUAUGUAUUCAUUUUUUAUUUUUUUUAUUCUGCAUUUAUUUUAUAUUUUGUAUUAAAUUGUGAAUAUAUAUCAAUGCAGGCAUAAUAUGUCAUUUGUUAAACAUGUCAAAUAUGGAGUAAAAAGUCUGGGAGUAAAACUUUUUUUUUAAGAAACAAUUCCUUUGUAUCAUGCUCUAUGCUCCUUUUAACUUGAGUAGGUAUUAUAUUUGUUUAUAUCUUACCAUUGCUUACAGCAAGUGUUUUGUCAAUUAUUAUGCCUAUCCAUUUUAAAAUGAGCACAGAGCAUGACAUCAAGGAAUUAUUUUAAUUUUUACAGGACAAAUUUUAUUGUUUUAUUUAUAGGUUGAACAUAUUACAUUAGAAUUAUUGGUUGUAAUAAGCUUUGAACCAGCUUUCUGCAACUCAAAAUACUCUUAUGUCUGCGCUUUGUCUCUUGUUUGUAUAAUAGUUUUCUUCUUUCCAAAAUAUUUUUAUGUAAUGCUGUUACACCUCUGUUCCAAAGUAAUAGCCUGUGAUUCAGUUGCUGUCCAGUUUGUUCAUGUUUGUACAUAAUUGUUUUUCAUAAAUUGUAUUGUUAUAACUCAACUCCUCAUUUGCACUCUGGUGGACAGUUUGUUAUCCCAUUUGCAAAUACCACAUCUCCUUAUUUUUAUAUUUCAUUUAUUUGUGCUAAACUAUGUAUAUUAUGUUACUGUGGAUUCAUUUAUUUUCGUGGGUACAAAUUUACGCGGUUUGGGAAAAUCUUGAAUUUUGGUGGAUAUUUGAUUUCAUUGUUUGGUCAAAGUUUUUUUACCACCCAACAGCAAAUUUGUGAUAUGUUGAACAUUUAAAUUCGUGGUUCACCAUUACCAACUAAUACCACGAAAAUUGAUUCCUACGAAUAAUAACGAAUCCACAGUAGUCAAUAGUUUUGGAUUUUUGUAUUGAAUUUUGACUGUAGUAUUUAUAAAAACUUACGACUGGUCUUCUUCUGUAUAAAUCUGAGUUUACAGGCCGUUCUGUAAGUGGCAAACCGUAUAACAUCGAAAUUCUGUGUCCCUGAAAAUAAAUAUUAAAAUAAAUAAUCUGAGUUCACAAGAUGUUCAUAAAGAGGCAAAAAAUUGAAAAUUGUUAAAAUAGACCUAUGUAAAUGUGUAGCAAUUAGAUGUUUAAUGGUAAUUUUUUUUUUCAAACACAUUUAAACUCUGAACUGUAUACUGUAAACCAACUUAUUUUCGCGAGUUAUUUAUUCUUUCGCAAGCGAUUUAUUUUCGCAACUUUCGCGAGUAGAAAAAUAACACAAAUAAAAAUCGUCGCGAAUAUGUCAAUCUUUGAUCUUUCCUUAAUAAACUUCAUCAAGUAAUUCAGAUAAUUGCGAAAUUAAAUAGCCGGGAAAGAGGUCAAGAAAGGGUAAAACUUGAAAUAAAGUAUCUGCGAAAAUAAGUUGGUUUACAGUAUUCAUUAAUUUUUUUACUUUAGAUUUGUCAUAGUUAAUUAAGUAAUCAUAUAAUGUAUCUGAUUUCAUAGAGGUUAUAUAGACUUAAAGUGCAUGUUAGUAUUUACCAUGUUUAGAUAUAUAGUUUUACAUAAAGAGGUUGGUGCAUGUUUAGUGGCAAUUUAGGACAAAGGAACAAAAGUUGGUGGCAAUUGAUAUAUAAAGGCCCUAUGUUUUAGCAUUGAGGAGCUGAUGGGAGAUGAUAAGCUUGAAGACUAGAGAGAUAUUUAAGGUUUGGACAGGAUGACAUGAAGUAGAAACAUUUACUCAUGUAUAUUUUUGUUAUUUCAUUGUCAUAUGAAAUUGGAAGUUCAUGAUAAUUAUGGGACGGUCAUUCAAGUGAGAGGUUUAGCGCUACAAAACCAGGUUAGAUCCACCAUUUUCUGCAUUAGGAAAUACUUGUACCAAGUCAGGAAUAUAACAGUUUUUUCCCAUUGGUUUGAUGUGUAUGUGUGCUUUUGAUUUUUUCAUAAUUAUGAUAAACAAUGAUAAACUAUUUUCCAUUUUGAAAGGAGUAGGUCCGGUAAGGGCUGAUUUUGGCCUCAAAUUUCAAGUUCAUCUGACAACAGAUUUUAGACACUUUUUAAAAACUCAACUGUCUAUUUCAGUUUUCAAAAUUCAAUAAGUUUAUGUGAAAGAUUUUAACUGAUUUAUUCAGGUGGUUACUUUUUGGUCAAAAAUGAAAGUGACCGCAUCCGUGUUCAUCCUCAACCUGUAUAUAUGUUAUGUAUUAUCAUCAAAUACAACUUACAUUUCAAUAUUAAGAAUGAAUAUGAAUGCGGCCACUUUCCUUUAAUGACGGAAACUGUCUUAAAUUUAACUAAAAUGCUAAAGUUGUGAAGAUUUCAGUAAUUUAGCUUGACUUAAUGAUGCUAGUACCCAAUAUAUACAUGUGCAUUGUUUUGUAAAAAAAACCAACAUAUUUAUCAUGUUUAUGUAGCAAAUUCAUUUUACUUUCCAAUGAAUAGCUAAAAGUAUAAAUUUUAACAAUUUUGUAAAACUGCUAUAUUAUUGGGCCAAAAAUGGGUCUUACUGAACCUAUUCCUUUCCUCGGAGUUAGGUAUCUUUGGUAUUUUUUUACUUUUUACAUAUAUACUGUAUAUAAUAUAACUUGUUGUAACUAGAAGUCUAUAAUUUUAGAUCAUGUUGAAUACAUAGCUUAUCUUAACUAAUGGUUACUGGGUUUUAUUAUGAUUUUUAACAUCUUAACUUGUUUUGAACUAUUGUAUCACAUGCUUGUAUAUAAAUGCUUGGAUUAAACUCAAAAUAAAACAUUAUUUUAGAA